AUGGUUCUCAGUAAUGAUAAAGUUUCUGGUAAUAUUGAAUUUAAAGGAAGUAGUACUGAAGAAUUUAAAGGAAGUAGCUCUGAGGAAUUCAAAGAAAGUGACCCUGAAGAAUUUGAAGAAAGAAGUAUCAAGGAAUCUAAAGCUCGUAAGUUAAUAAGUUAUCUUAUAAUUGAAUAA